AUGAGCGACUACAAUGGGAACGGGAUGCGUCGCCGUAACCCCUACGCGGAUGAGUACAUGGAUGGCGCACCAACAGGAAAGCACCGGGCAGGAAUGCCCAUGGGCUACCUCGCGGCGCGUCAUACCCCAUACGCCAAAAAAUAUUUUUCAAAGAAGCUCGCCAUCUUCCUCUUCAUUUUCCUACCGAUCUUGCUUAUCAUCAAUUUGGUGAUCAUUUGUUUGCCGGUCCUUUGGGCCGUCGCGAGGCACACACUGAGUGUGUCUGUCAUGCAAAUCCAUGCGUCCAACAUCACUAGCCCAGGCAACGACUCAUUCCCAUUAACCAUGGAAGGUCAAGUGACAAAGGCUGGUGUUUUCCCAGCGCAUUUAUAUUUUCGUGAGCCUGUAAGUGUCAAAUGGGUGACGCCGCCCGAGAGCGACGGCGGCGUUGGCGAAAUGCGCGAAGUCACCCUCGGCAGCUUAACGUUGGAUUAUAUUGGCGUUGCGGCAGGGCACGGCCGCAUCAAGCAAAAGACUGUUUUUAACAUUGCCGACGUGGAAAUGUUUGCGCUUUUCACCAAGUAUAUGAUCACACACGAAGAAUUCACGUGGCGUUUGACCUGUGACGACACGCACGUCGAAGCAUUCUCCUUUUUGCCCACGUUUGAGAAUUUGAAACUUACCAAAGACGUUGUUUUCAAAGGUAUCAAUAACUUUGAUAAUGUCCAGAUUCUCGACUUCCAGCUCCCGAACGCGGAUCCGCAAGGGGGUAUCUCGUUUUACGCUACCACCUUGCUACAUAAUCCUUCGCCCUUUGGUUUAGAACUGGGAAGAUUGGACGUUGACCUGUACGCAAAAGGUAUUCUUCUGGGCCCUGGGUUUGCGCCCAACGUGAACAUUACUCCUGGUGACAACUUGGUGACUCUCCAAGGCCGUCUUAUUCCACACAGUGAAAACCAAACCGAGCUGGAUAUCUUGGGUGAGGUUUUUACCAAGUACCUCAACUUUGAGACGACCGAUACGUUUGCAAAGGGCACCAAGGUCACCUCAACAAGUGGCAAAACAGCCACUUGGCUGGCGGAGGGCAUCAAGGCCAUCAAUAUUCCUGUGCCUUUCCGCGCUCCACGACCAAUCAACCCUCUCAAGAGUAUUACCAUCAAGCAGUUUAACCUCACCUACGAGAAAGACUCGAAUCCCUACUCGCCCACCGCCUCAUCCGACAGUCUGAGUGCGGUGCUUGCACUGCCGUUUGGAUUCCCUUUGAAUGUUAUCAGCGCAAAGAACGAGAUCACGAUUGUGAACCAGGCGAGCAAUGCUGCCAUUGUUCAUGUAGAUGGUGUCUACUCGAAUGCAGAAACGCAGCUCAACAUUGUGUCCAAAGGCCAGACCGAAGGCACAUUGUUCCUCACGCUCAGGCCCUCGGAGAUGCUUUUGCCGAACCAAACCGACGAGGCGAAGCGCGAGUUUGAAAACUUCCAGAAACAGUUCACGUUCGCCGAAAAGUACCCCCUCUUGUUCAACGGCUCUUCUGCCGCACUUUCCGACACGCCUGUUGGCCGCAUUCUUCUCAAUGGCAUCAAGUUCUCCGUCGAGAGUGGUCUGCUUGGUUUGCAAGGCCUUUCGCAUUAUGCAACGCCGAUUUACUCAGUGGACGUCAUUGGUGGUAGCAAGGAUGCCAUUCAGCUCCAGGUCGUGACGGGCAUUUACAACCCUUCAGACGUGAAUAUGGCUGUGGGGGACACGGAGCUUCUCAUGGUCUACAAUGACGUGCUGGGUACGAUUCAGUUGCCAGACCUCCACCUGGCCAUUGGUCCGAACAACCUCACGGCAACGACCCUCUUUGACCCAAAGCGCAGUCCGUAUGGCUACGAGCUCUUGGACCGAUACAUUUCCGGCCUUGAUACUCCCAUGAACAUCUCUGGCUUCGACGGCUCGACCAAGAUUCCAUCGCUUUCGUCUGCCUUUUCUGCGGUUCGCGUCAACACCUCAUUGCCUGGUUUGCCCAAGUCGCUUGUGGGCUCUGCCGAUCUCAAGGUGCUGGAGACAACCGGUAUUAAAGACGACGUUGCCAAUGGCAUUGUUUCUCUGGACAAUCCAUUUACCUCGGCGCUCAAAAUUACGCAUAUCAAGUCCAAUGUCACUUCACACGGCCUCUUUGUUGCGCAGAUUGACUCGGACAUUGAUUUUGACGCUGCUGGGAAAAAGGUCAGCCAAUCGCCUCCUAUUCCUUUGCACAUCAACAUGUAUCCUCCCGACAUGUUUGCCUUGGUACGUGUUUUGGCGCAGCAAGCUGGUGAGAAUGUCAACGUCUUGGACGGUCUUGUGAAGCUUGGAGGCUAUACGUACACCCAGACCACGGAUGCCAACUCUAAUGCGCCGCAGAAGCGCGCAAUUCCGGAGCCUGUUAAAGAAAAUGAGCUGCAUGUGCUGGAGAAGCGCGUGACAAACAUCUACACUGGCUUCAACCUUCCCGACUUUGUGCACAAGGCAUUUGCUGUUGCCACGACGAAUUUGGAGAUUGAGUCUACCUCGCUGAUCGGCGAGUAUGAGUCUUCUCUCACAUUCUCGCAAGCCAACGUGCCGCUCAAAACAGACCAGAGUUUGGACCUGCUUCUCCCUGUUCUUUCCAAGCCUAUUGUGCAAAAGAUUGUGGACGGUUCGCAAUUGACAAUCGACUCGGUGGUUAUCAUCGACCCCGAGCUAAACUCCUUCAAGACGCGCUUGAUUGGCUCCAUCACCAAUGCCGGUCCUUUUGACGCGCAGAUCAAAUUUUCCAAAGGUCUGCAAGUCACUUGGAAUGGCAAGGUGCUGGGCCAAAUUGCCAUGCCGGCGAUUAAUCUGGUUGCCGAGGAGGGUGCGAAGCUCAACUUGGAAGCAGGCUUUGCCGUCGUCGACAUUGGCGCACUGACCGACUUCACCAAGUUUUUGGUCACUCAGCCGAGCUUUGUGUGGCAGAUUGACGGCCAAGGCCUGGAGAUUCAUGCGCUGGGCAUCACAGUGAGCGAUAUUUCCAUCAGCAAAACCGUCAUUCUUACCGGCAUGAACAAUUUGAAGAAUGCCGUUACUGUGCUUAGUUACGACUUGCCUAGCAACGAUCCUGCCGGCGGUAUUCAUCUCACGGCCCAGUCGCUCAUUAAGAACCCUGCCCAAGUCGGUGUGCAGCUUUCGCGCUUUGGUGUGAUGGUGUUUAACAACGGGACGAAUCUUGGUCCGUCGCAUGCGGCGGAAGCAUUUACCAUGAUGCCACUCUCCACCACGAGUGUUCCUUUGGCUGGCCGCUUGCAGCACCAGGACUCGAGUGAAGGUCUUUCGGUGCUUUCGACCAUCUUUACUAAUGUCGUUCACGGCCAAUCGAUCCCUGUGGAGAUUCAUGGCGCGUACGCCGGCCCAGACUCUGUGACGUGGCUCAACGAGGGCAUCAAGCUGCUCAACAUCAAGACAGAGCUACCCGCCAUGAAGUUUAGCGUGAUCAAAGCGAUCAGUAUCAACCAAAUGACGCUUAUGUUUACACCCAAGAACGCCUGGAAGCCUGACACGAGCUCCAAAGAUACCGAGUCGCCGUUUUAUUUGCCUUUUGCUUUCCCGCUUGAUAUCCAGCAGGCGGGCGGUACGUUUAUCGAAAAGUACAAUGGCCAAGACAAUGCUGUGCUAAACAUUCCCAUGUCGCCCGCCGUGACGGAUGUGGCAAAGAGAAUCAUGACGCUGCAGUUUAGCCAUGUGCCUUUCCUGGCCAGUUCGGACAAGCACAGCCUCUUUUCGCAGUUCCUUGCCGAUACCACCAAGCAAAAGUCUGUCACUUUCACGCUGCAUGGAAAUGCCAACGCCAAGGCCAAUACGGCUGCCGGUCUGGUCACCAUUCGUGAUAUUCCUUUCUCGCGCGAAACGACGUUGCUUGGUCUGCAGAAUCUAAAUGCGCGCCCGGCCGUGGUGCACGGUCUCGAUGUGAAGCAUGGCUACAAAGACUAUCUGUUGAUCACACUCACAGCCACGCUUUACAAUCCCUCGCACAUUACGAUUGGCACUGGAGACGUCAAAUUCAACCUCGAGUUCCAGAAUCACUUGAUUGGCACUGCUAAUAUUAACAAUCUUGUCCUUGUCCCGGGGGUGAACAAAGUCCCUACCGGUGUGCAUUACUCGCCUCAAGGCGCCGCAAACAAGGCUGCCGGGCAGCAAAUGCUGGAGGAUUACGUGCAGGGUGUCACGGCCGAUACCCUGAUUGUUGGCUCAAGGGACACGACGCCAAUUGCAUCCUUGAAGCAGGCGCUCUCUGGCAUCCAGCUCAAGACCUCGAUUCCGCCUUUGCACCAAUUGCUCAUUAUUGAAACGCGCCUUGUGAUUCCCAAAGACAUUGCGCAGACCUCAACGGCGCAAGCCACCUUCCAGCUUAAGAAUCCUUUUACCGCCUCGAUCAACCUGCUCAAGGUGAAUGCGGCUGCAUCGUACCAAGGCAUUUACCUCGGCCGCAUCAAUGUCGACUUGGGAUCGCAUCCUAUCCACGCCGAUGGUCACUCGACCAUCACCUCUCCAACGCUUCCUUUGAAGAUGGACUUGGACCCAGUCCACCUCAUCCAGUUCAUUGAAAAGGCCGCUGCAAACACGGGGACGGACCUUGGGCCACUAGUCCAACAGUUUGCUAUUGUCAAGUCGAUGAAGAGCACUAAGACGACGGUAAAACCUGUUCCAGACGACAACCCGCCUAACUGCCACUCUGGGCACCAGUUUGACGUGUUUGGCGCUGUGUUGCACCUGCUUAAAGGCCUCGAGGUCAAGUUGGACAUCAAAUCCAACCUCAAGCUGGACGACUACCAAACUGACCUGAACAUGAUUCAGCAGCCCGUCCCGACCGACAUGGACCGCUCUUCACUUUACCUCAUCGGUCCUGUGGGUGCGCCCAUUGUGCAACACAUUGUGGACGAAUCCACGCUAACCUUUAGCAUGACCAACAUCACCAAUGUGCGCAACGAUGGGUUUGACCUUUCGCUCCAGGGCCAACUGCUUAAGACAGGUCCGUUUGAUGCCCAGAUUGAGUUCCCCGAGGGUCUUAUGGUGACAUGGCAGGGCCAGAACAUGGCAAAGAUUUUCAUGCCACCCAUUUGCGCCGCUGCCGACGCUGGUGUACCGAAUUUGCGCACACACGGAAGGCUGGAGAUCACCGACCAAGCCGCAUUUACAAAGUAUGCCACCUACAUUCUCCACAACCCCAAGUUUGUCUGGACUGUGCAUACGAACAAACUGCGUGUGCGUGCAUUGAACAUUGUAUUUAGCGACGUCAAGAUCAGCAAGGACAUUUCCUUUGAUGCUUUCAAUGGUCUGCCGGGCAUCACGAUCACCUCGUUUGACAUCCCAGGCGAGACGUCGAGUGCGCUCAAAAUAGUCACUGGCACGGAUAUUCCUUCGCAAGCCUCGGUCGGCAUUCAACUCGACACAGCCAACUUUAAAAUUUCUUUCAAGAACCGCUAUCUUGGGCCUGUGCACUCGACCAAUUUGUUCCUUGCGGGCAAAACGGUAAACCAUGCCAAGCUGAAUGGUCUGAUCACCUCCAAGAAGGGUAAAGAGGAUGUAUCGGCUACUGGUAUACUCUUUUCGCAGUACCUUCAAGGCAGGAACAGCACACUCAGCAUUCGGGGCGACAGCGUUGUGACCAGGGCAAAUGGAAACAAGCAGGUCAAGUGGCUUUCCACUGCCUUUAAGACGCUCACUGUCGGUGUCAUCCUCCCUGGCCACAUUUACACCAUCAUCACCUCGCUCACCAUCUCGGACUUGUACUUGGUCAUGAUGAAGCAGAGUCAGACGUGGGCAGCGCCGACGGGCUGCAACCAGUCGCUUGCCCGCUUUGCCAACCCACUCCACUUCAGCCUCACGCCAUUGAGUUCAUCGCUUGACUCAAUUUUGGUGUACAACGGCCAGGAGGCUGCAGGGCUUAAGCUGCCGUCGCUCCCGGUCAAGGCAGGCACUUCGACUGGCCCGAACGACCCACAAACGCUCGCCAUUUCCUGGAAAGUCGGCCAGGGUAUUCUUCGCGCCAAGGACCAUGGUGUUUUCCAAUCUCUGGUGGCUGACCUUACCAACACGAAGCGCGUUUACUUUGACAUAAAGGGUUCAGCGAGCCUUGUGGCAAAGAUGGUGAUUGGAAAUAUUCCUAUUAGCGGCAUUCCUUUCCACGUGAACCGCUCGAGUCUUGCAGGCCUCGACUCAUUCACACACCAGUCCAAGGUAUACCGCGUUGAUAUUUCUAAAGCCACACCGCAAUUGUUGGAGAAUAGCAUUGUUCUUGACUUGAUGAACCCAAGCAACAUUACGCUAAAGACCACCGGCGUGAAGCUUCCUUCUCUGUACAAAAAUGCGUACACUGGCUAUGCACAGCUGGACAAUAAGAUUAUCGUGCCUGGCACAAAUCACUUUAAUGCCAUCUUUGCCUAUGCGCCCAGAACCGACAAUGAGACGUUGCCCCAGGAGCUGAUUCAACGGUACUUGCAGCCACAAGAGCGUCAUGGCAAAGCGCAAAUCCCAUACGAGACCCCUGUCCUGAUCAAAGGCAUGCCCAAUGCAGAUCCGCCCAUGACGCCGUUUGCCAGUCUUAAUCCUGGCCUCGAAAGAGUGGUCGUUCAUGCAACAUUGCCGGGCAUUGCCAUGAAUGGUGUAGGUCAAAUUGACGUUCACGUCGACGCUCUUACGCUGUUCUCGGGGCCCGGUCUUCGUCCUUACAUUGCGAUCGAUCUUACCAUGCUCAACGGAACGCCACUUCCUCUGGAAUACUUUUGGAUACAGGACGAGGCAGAGAGGGCGGGCGACUAUGGUGGCCCUAUUGUCGCGUCCGUCACCGAGCACAACGUACAGGACUGCACAAUCCCCGCGGCGCCUGCUACGAUGCAAGAUGUGCAGAGCCACAAGUGCUCACGAAUACGCAACGUGCUCCUCGACCAGGGUCUGCUUGGCUCGGUUAAGCUCGAUGUCAUUGGCAAGAACUUGGAUGUGUUCAACUUGGUCAGGGCGCAGACGGGCGGUAGGAAUGGCUUCAUGCUCAACGGUCUCAAUUUCAACCAGUACGAUAUCAAUACUCUGUACUACCUUUCUGUUGGUGACCUUGACUUGCUCAACAUCUCUAGCGUCUUGGAUAUUGUCAACGGUCUUAAGGACGCUAUCCCCAAGUUUAACCCUACCGAUUUGAGCAAGUUUGUUCAGUCUAUUGAGAAGCUCGGCGUGGACGGUAUUCGAAAAUUUAUUGGCACGCCAUUCCACGAAGUCGUCUGUGCUUUGGAAAAGCUCCCAUUGUCUUUGAUCCACACCGCAGACUGCAACGCAAACUCGCCUGCUGGCAAGGUCGCAGCUAAGGCUUCGGCAAAGAACAGCACAAGCAGCGGACUCCUGGGUGGUAUCGGCAAGUCCACAGUCGCUGCCUCGAAUAAGGGCGCACAACCUUCGAGUACCGGCCAGGCCAACCCACCGCAAGCUGCGCCGAAUAAGUCUAAAGGCAACAAUGGCGGCGCUGCUGCGAAAGGUGGGAACCCCGGCAAUGGCGGCGCUAAACCCAAGGCUGGCGGUAAUGCUGGCGGCAAUGCUGGCGGCAAUGCUGGCGGCAACAAUGCUGGCGGCGCACGGCCCAAGCCCGGGGGCUCGGAUAACAACCAAGGUGGCGGCAUUCUUGGCGGCAUCUUUGGCGGUUAA